AUAAAUUUUCAUUGCUGUUAUGCUCAGCAAGUUUGAGCCAGAUUUUGGCGAAAAAAAGUUGUCGAUUUUACCAUCUCGACUGUAGGCUUUUUACAUCCAUUAAAACGCCAAGACAUAGAAAUGAAUUCUAGACUACUAGUCCUGGGCACUAAGCUCGCUUUCCGGAGUUCACCACGAAUGUUCACAACUUCGACCGUGCGGCUUAAUACCAAUAAAGAUGAUGAAUUUCCUGAUCCAUUGGAAUUAGCCACUGGUAUUGAAAAAAAAGAAAUGCUUUUGCGUCUAGCCGGAAAUGAUGACCCUUACAAUUUAAAAUCCAUUAAACGAGGUGUAGGUACCAAAGAAAAACCUACUGAAAUUCCAUCUGCUUUUGAAGCUAGGAUCAUUGGAUGUGUAUGCGAAGAAGAUGCAUCACACAUUAAAUGGAUGUGGUUGCAUUCAGGUGAACCAAAGCGUUGCCUCUGUGGAUAUUGGUACAAAUUAAUCUACAAAGAACCAGUUGUUUAGAAAUAUUUCAUGUGUCGUCGUUGUUCAAAAAUAUUCAACAAGUUUAGUCCUGCUUUGAAUGAUAUUUUUUUGUUUAUUAAAUUGUAUUGUCAUUAAAUAAAUAAAUAUUGUUGGAAUCUGUAUCAAUGAAAUAUUACAUUGAUUCUUAUUAUCUGUAUCAAAACAAUUUUGUAUCAAUAAAGAGUUAACCAUAGUACUUAAAAUUUUUUAAAAAAAUGUA